AUGGAGGUGAAGACCCAGCCGCCUGGCAAAGGAGUCCUGCCUUCUCAGAGCCCUGCUCCUACUUCAGAGAAGCUCUCCAAAAAGAAGGGAAGAAUGCCAGUCAGAUUCCUGCCGGCCUGGAGCACGGAACCUGUGAUCUUCAGGGAUGUGGCCAUGUACUUCACCCAGAAGGAGUGGCAGCUGCUGGAGCCCGCUCAGAAGGACCUGUACAGAGAGGUGAUGCUGGAGAACUAUGGGAACCUGGCCUCCUUGGGGUAUCGGCUCUUCAAACCCAAGCUGAUCACCAGGUUAGAGCAAGGAGAUGAGCCCUGUGUCAAGGAGAGAGACGUCCCUCGAGCCCCCCAGCAAGGCGGUGCUGGGAUCAGCGAGAGCUGCAUCUCCACAGACAAGAAGACAAGGCUUGUGCCGAAGACCACAUUUCCAAAGCCAGGCAUCUCUACGAGGCCAUCCCUGGGGAAGGCAAAGGAAAUGGCCCAAAGGGGCGCUAAGAUGGAAAGCACUUUGGAAACUGAGGACAGGCCACUGAGGAGCAAGCAAAAAGCUGGCCCCAGGCUGGCCACGGACUCGUGCAAAAAGAUUCUCCCUAGAAAGAAAAGGCAUGAAUCCACGGCCAUGACGAGAUGCCCGGGUCGUCCACCACCACCACCAGCAUCACAGAGCACCCCUCGAGGAAAGAAGACCCUGAAAAUAGAUAUUAAUGGAAAAACACAGGCGCCAGGCUUCCCAAGGCACGGUCGUCCAAGAAUCCAAAGGGGGAAGGCACACUUUAAAUGUAAAGAAUGUGGGAAAACUUUCAACCAGACCCUCCACCUCAUCGAGCACGAGCGGAUCCACACGGGAGAGAAGCCCCACAGAUGUGACGAGUGUGGGAAGUCCUUUCGGCACAGCUCCUACUUUUUCACUCACUACAGGAUUCACACCGGAGAGAGACCCUACAAGUGUAAGGAGUGUGGGAAAGCCUUCAACAGCAGCUCCACACUGAGCAGCCACCACAGGACCCACACGGGGGAGAAGCCCUUCAAAUGUGAGGAGUGUGGGAAAACCUUCAAGCAGAGCACGAAGCUCACUCGUCACCGGAGGGUGCACACUGGGGAGAAGCCCUACCAGUGCAGUGAGUGUGAGAAAUCCUUUGGCCGCAGCUCCUCCUUGACGGAGCACAAGAGAAUCCACACGGGAGAGAAGCCGUACCACUGCAAAGUGUGUGGGAAAGCCUUCAGAUGCAACUCUCACCUUUUCGAGCACCAUCGGAUUCAUCAGGAGGAGAAGUCCUACCAGUGUGAGCAGUGUGGAAAGUACUUCCGGAAUAGCUCCCACCUGUCGGAACAUAGGAGGGUUCACCAGCUGGGGCCCCCGGAGCAAUGCCGAGAGUGUGGGAGAACCUUCCGGCGCAGGGCGGCCCUUCUCAAGCAUCAGAAAAGCCACGGAGAGAAUCAUACUUACCAGUGUGAGGGAUGCGGGAAGGCCUUGCGGUGUAAGUCAAGCAUUCAGAGACACCAGAGGAUGCAUGCUGGACAGAAGCCUUACGUGUGCUCUGAGUGUGGGAAAGCUUUCACCGACAGCUCUACCCUUACCAAUCACCGCAAAAUCCACGCCACAGGGAAACUGCACCCAUGCCCCAAAUGUGGGAGGGCCUUCAAGCAGCUCUCGUCCCUGGUGCUCCACCAGAAAGUGCAUGCUAGAAAGGGACAGUGAGCUCCCUGUGUGAGGGAGCCUUCAGCCAGGACCCACGCCUUUGUAAUCCCCAGAGAAGUCACAAUGACAGACGCAAACUGUGUGAGUGGAGAUUCCCUGCGCCUCUCAUCAGAGGUGCCCUAGCCAACCAGGGGUCCUCAUUCAGGGGACACCUCUACGUGGCCCCCACCU